AUGGCAUCUUCUCCAGACCAGACGUCCUCCGAUGAAGCGACGAACAGCGAUACAACUGCGACAGCGCCUCAGAUUAUCGAUAGCCAUGAACGCACAAGUCGCCACACCUUCUCUGGUCCUCCACCGAAUACCCGUCGAUGUUUCAUCUGCCUCGUAGACGAGCCUGAGGCUACCCUCCCCACCGACUGGUCGACACCAUGCACAUGCACGCUAGAAGGGCAUCAUGAAUGUCUAAUGGCUUGGAUCACAGACCUAGAAUCUCAGUCCAAGGAUAUUAAGUGUCCCAUCUGCAAAGCGCCCGUCAUAGUUACUGAGCGAUGGGACCUUGCCACAUACCUGGAUAACUACCUGAAUAUCACAUGCUCAAGGUGGUCUCCGCAGAUUUUAUUCGGAUUUCUUGCUUCGGGCGCGCUGGUGAGCAGUUCUAUUUAUGGUCUCAAGGCUCUCGAUUUGUUCGCGGGCCCUGAAGCUACGAUGGACUUCCUGUUCGGUACUGAGGACCCCGUUCUAUUUGGUCUCAUACGUCUCCCCGUUCGCGUAACGCAUAGGAGUCGCAUGCCCCCUAUUAACUUAAUUAACUUUGCAAUAUUACCAUUCAUCGCCCCAGGACUGGUACUCAACCGAUUUCGUUUACAGAGUGUUAGUUUAUUUCCGACUUCAGUACUGUAUGCGACGUUCGUAGCGCUCAUUGACCACGCGGACGAGUAUUUCACGUGGCCUCCAUCCCCGCAACGAGCCUUAGCCAUCUACCCAGCCCUCAGGAACUCCUACUUCCAACUCCACAGCACAAUCUCCAAAACCCUUGAGAAAAGAUGGAAAGAACAAGCAAGGAAGUUGAUGGCCAGUAGGACAGGCCAGCAGCCGGCUGCAAUACCUUCGAACGAAGAACCAGUGAUUAAUGGCGACAACUUCCUCGACUUUGAAAUCGAUAUUGCGAUAGCCGUUGCUGAUGAAGAGGAGGCAAUCGGCCAUAGACCAGACAAUCGUCGAAACGGGGUGACACGGGGUAGACCACUCGAAAACUUCUUGGCCGGGUCAUUACUUUUCCCAGGCGUAUGUUACGGAAUGGGUGAGAUAUUGAGAUUUGUGCUUCCGUCGCGAUUUGUUACACGACCGUCAUCUGGCUUUUGUACAGGUCUGCUCCAAGAGCGGUGGGGACGAAGCCUUGUCGGUGGGUGCUUAUUUGUCGUGCUAAAGGACGUAUUCUUCCUAUGGGUUAAGUACAGGAAGAUAAUGAAUUGGCCAUCGAGAAAAAUUAAGAACGCGGAGAAUCGAAACCGACGUCGUUAG